UCUAGAAAUUAUAAAAUAUUUUGGCUCCUUGGCUUCCACAAGGUCAAAGUUGUGACAGUUCUAUGAGAAUAAAAUGCCGCGAAAUUCAAAUAUGUUUAAUAAGGUUAUGUUUCAACUGUUGACAUUAUUUGAAAUAUUGAUGUAAUAUUUGUGCUGAUUAAAUUUGUAUGUAUUAUUAGUAAAUAAUAUUUGUGCUGAAUUAAUGUUACAAGACAUUCAUAAUAUAAAUUGCUGUCAGAGUAAUCUAGUAGAUGUUCUUAAACUAUAUAAGGCAUACAAUAUUUUGAGAUUAUUAUUUACUAUAAAUCUACAUAUUAUUUUAAAACUAUUUCGGCUAAAAUAGGAAUAUAUAAUGGAACAUAUAUGCACGGAGUGUACGCUCACAUUCUCAAAACAUUCUAAUUUAAGAAGUCACCUGAAAACGUUUCAUCCUGGUAAGUUGUUUUUGAUUAAUAACAAUCCACUGGAUAUCUAUGCAAUCUACAAACUUGAUGACUUCUCGUUGUUAUAUCUACAAUUUGAUGAUUCCUAAUUCGUGUAAUUUUAGAUAAACUGGACAUAAUUGCACCCAACAAAACAUUUAAGUCUAUUGUACUUUGUAACAAAUGUCCCAAAAAGUUCUCUAAAUAUUCCAAUUUAAAAAGGCAUGUCACUAAGUUUCAUCCAGAAAAUAUCAACGAGCUGACUUCAUCUAAGAUUUGCCCAUAUCAAUGCAGUGAAUGCCAGAAAAAGUUUUCACAUUUACAAAAUCUUAGAAAACAUAAAAAAAUUCAUGCAAAGGACAGUGAUAUUGGAAAAAAGCAACAAAACUUCAAGUGCAGUUUGUGUAACUACGAAAAUUCUAUAAAAUCCAAUUUAAUUCUUCAUUUCGAAGAAUAUCAUGCCAUUAAAAUAGAGCAACAAGAUCUUCACUUUUCUAGUGAACUAGAAUUUCAAAAAUGGAAAACUGUCAUGGAAAAAAAGAAUUUUCUUCAUAUGUCACAUACAGUCAUCCAUAUACGACUGCAGAGGGCAUUAAGAAACAGAAUUAUAUUUGCCAUCGUUCAGGUUUUUAUGUGAAAAAGGGUAAGGAUAUGCGAUAUUUAAAAACCAAAGGAAGCAGAAAAAUUAAUGGAAUAUGUCCUUCUCGAUUGAAAGUUUGUAUUUUACCAGAAAAUGGCAAUGUUAAAAUUAAUUUUAUACAAACUCACAUUGGUCAUGACAAUGACUUGGGUCAUUUGAAUAUUACUAAAAAUGAAAAAAUAGAAGUAGCUAGUAAAAUUGCUUCGAAAAUUCCUCUUGUUUCCAUAUUAGAUGAGAUUAGAGAUUCUGUAACUAAUAAUAAGUUGGAAAGGAUGCAUAUCUUAACAAGAAAAGAUCUUCAUAAUAUAUCACAAACUUUUAAUUUAAAUUCUGAUGGAAUUCGCCAUAAAAAUGAAGUUAUAAGUAUUGAAUCCUGGAUUGAAGAAGCCAAAAAUAGUGGAAUAAUUUUAUAUUACAAGCCACAAGGGGCUUUAUGUAAUGAUUUUCCUUGUUUAAAAAAUGAAGAUUUUCUGUUAAUUGUUAUGCAUCCUGGUCAACUGGAAGUGUUAGACAAAUACUCAGAAGAUGUAAUUUGUAUCGACGGAACACAUGGACUUAAUGCUCAUGAUUUUGAACUUACUACAUUGUUAAUAUUGGAUGAUAUGAGGGAGGGAUUUCCUUGUUGUUUUAUGAUUGGAAAUCGGUCUGAUGAGGAAAUAAUGACUAUUUUUUUCAUGAAGAUAAAAGAAAAUUUAGGAAGAGUAAUCAAACCCAUGGUUUUCAUGUCAGACAUGGCCCAAUAUUACUAUAAUGCAUGGCUCCAAAUUAUGACUCCAGCUAAAUUCAGGUAGAAAACUAUGCAAUAUAUUCUUAUUUUUAAACGCUUUUAUUUAGUUCAAUAGUUUUCGUCAAAUCUUUAGACGUUAAUUUGACUGCCUUUUCUCCAAUGCAAAUGAAUGAAAAUUUGCAGACAUAUGCAUUUGCGGGAACAAUACACGAAUAGUCAAUAAAAAAUUUUUUUGUUUAUUGUUUAGAUAAAAAAAAACGAUUUUAAUGGAAAAUACUUAAAUUCUCUUGUUUUUUACGAUGUAAAAACUUGAAACUUUUACGGAUUGUAGCUAAUGAUAUGAACCAUACAUAAUUUCACUUUUUGCGUUAAUUGUUUACGUUAUGCUUCAUAAAUAAACAACAAAGUUUCAAAUUUUUUGCCCAUUCCAACUACUUUUCAUGUUAGUAGAUACAUCAUAUGUUUUAUACAUAUUUUAAUAAACAUGACGAUAUAUUUUAAUGUUUGAAAAGUGUAAGACAAAAAGUACAAAAUAAAAAAAUAUGAAAAAAAAAUUUUUAAGUAACGCUUUUCUUUAGUUAUGAGUGACUAAAAUUAAAUAUAUAAAAAAAUCAACUAAAAAGCAAAAAAUAAAAAUGAAAAAAUCUAACACAUUCGUUAAAUAAAAGCGUGGGGCGAAAACCAUUUAUUCGAUGAAGACGUGCCAUGCUUUUUUUUUGACGAAUGUGUUAGAUUUUUUCAAUUUUUUUUUAUGUUAAUUUUUUAUAAUAUUUUUAAUUUUAGUCACUCGUUAUUAAAGAAAAGCGUUUCUUAAAAAUUUUUUUUAUUAAAUCUAUAUUAUG